AUGUCAGAUUCCCACAGUGUCGGCGAGGAGAACAAUUCAGUUGUGGAAGGGUUAGAAGAGGAAAAUGUGGUUUUUACACUUGUUCCAGUCAUAGAGGAGCUGAACCAAGAACAUCUAAUGGAACCCAGUGUUUCUUCAUCAGCAGAUAUCAAACAUGCAGGUAUCGAGCCUAAAAAGGCUGGGAAAAGCAAUAAAGUUUACUUUCCAGAAACAAAUAAACAAUUCAAAGCAUGCCCCAAACCUCAGAAUAAUAAACCAUUCCUUCCCCUGCCGACUAUUUUGCCUCCAAUUAAUGAGGUGUCUCGGAACACUCUGAGGAACUGGUGCCAGCAAUUUAACUUGAGUACCGAUGGCCAGAAAAUAGAGGUUUACGUGAGACUCCAGAAACAUGCAUAUCCUGAACAGAAAUAUGAUAUUCCUCAAACAUCACUGGAAGCCAGAUUGCACCCUGGUACAAGGAAACGCAAGGGAAUACAGCUUCAGAAAACUAGGAGAGAGACGUCUAAGAGAAAGGAGACUAACACAGUUGAAGUGAUCACUUCCGCUCAGGAGUCCAUGUUGGCAUCUUGGGCGAGAAUUGCUGCAAGAGCUACCCAGCCCCAGGUUAUGGAUUUUCAUUUCUCUCCUACUUCCAUGGAGGCCUUUUUGCUCCAAGCCUCUGGUGUCAGGUGGUGUGUGGUCCAUGGCAGACUUCUCUCUGCAGAUGUAGCAGGGUGGGUUCGUCUGCAGUUUCAUGCAGGGCAGACUUGGGUUCCUGACACACACAAGACAAUGAUUUCUCUCUUCCUAUUACCAGCCUGUGUUUUUCCAUCCCUGGCAUUCGAAGAUAAUAUGUUGUGCCCUCAAUGUGUUAUAAGGAAUAAGAAGAUUAUGAAAAAAUUAAUUGUAAAGGAAAAGAAAAAACAACACAUUGUAGAAGACCAGAAUAUGUCAUUCCAAAAUAUGCCACCUUAA